AUGUUUGCUCUGAACGCUGCGACUCCGAUUAGUGCAUUGAACUUACUGAAUUUAUCCACAAUUGUGGAACCCAAUGGUCCCGUGUACAAUGGCCCGGGUGCAAGUAAACAUUUCGUACCAUUCCACCUCCGGCAGCUGGAAUAUCAUCAACGCGAGGCAAUCGAAAGAGCCAAGAAGUACGCCAUGGAACAAAGUAUUCGAGCGGUGUUGCUCAAACAAACUCAGUCUCAACAGUCUCAGCAAUUGAACAAUAUGAAAAAGACCCAAACCGUGGCUCUUCUCAAUCGGGUUUAUGUGGGUUCGAUCUCGUACGACGUCAAAGAGGAAAUGCUCAAGCAGGCGUUCUCCGUUUUCGGGCCCAUCAAAACAGUUAGCAUGAGUUGGGACCCGGCCACACAAAAGCAUAAAGGCUUUGCAUUUUUGGAAUUCGAAUAUCCGGAAGGGGCACACUUAGCCAUUGAACAAAUGAACAAUGCCAGUUUCGGUGGGAGGCAACUAAAAGUGGGCCGACCAAGUAAUCUGGCCAGCGCGGAUCCCAUUAUUGCAGAGCUUGUAGCGGAAUACAAACUAGAGAAUCGAAUCUAUGUGUCCGGAAUUCACUUGGAUCUAACUGAAAGCGAUGUAUCUCUUGUCUUCGAAGCCUUUGGUAAAAUUGUGUUUUGCAGAUUGCAACCAGACCCUGUGCGACCAGUAGGACACCGAGGGUUCGGCUAUAUCGAGUACGAGAACGGGCAGAGUGCAAUGGACGCCGUGGCCAGUAUGAACCAGUUUAAUUUGGGUGGCCAACUACUGCGAGUUUGCAAGGCUAUAUCACCUCCAGAUGGAAUUACUAGUACAACAACGUCGGCUCUACCUCCAGCGGCCGCGGUGGCAGCAGCCUCAGUCACGGCUAAAGUGAUGUCGAUGGAAACCGAACAAGUGAGUCGCAGUCAGAAGUAA